AUCUCUUGCUUGAUUUGUAAAUAAUUCACUCAAUUCAUUCAAGGUUCGCAGUGGAAAGACGGACUUGAAAACGAAUGCGAGCUCCCAGUCGUUCCACCUCGGCAGUAAAAAUGCAGCAUAGCUAAUGGACGUAAAUACCGUCCCCACCUGUUCGUCCCCUCAGUCGAUGCUCCACGCGUUUAAAUAUAUCUCUAUCUCAAUAAAGCUUUAGUACAUAAAUUCUGCAUUCCAAAGUAUGGAUAUGAAAAGUGGUUCGCUUUCUGAUUGGGAUGGGUCAUCACUCGUCAGCGAAAUUGAUGAAGACUUUGCAGACACAUUCUGUCCGCUCCAUGAAGAUUCCAAGUUGGAGAUCACGAGUUUUCAAUCCAACUUACCCGGCACUGAUUCAACGAAGGGAGAGCACAAUCAACGGCGAUUGAUUAACACUGUCGUUGGGCUAGAUGACUUUGUUGUACGCUCAACCGGAUGCAUGUCAAAUAUUCAGCAUCUACCAAAAGAACUCUUAUAGCAGGCUCUAUAUUACGUAUGACCUUUUUGAGUGGCUACUCUCUGCGUUCUCGAUGUUCCCCGCCAUCUGGGACUUUGUUCUCCCAUUCCGUUUCCAAACCGGAGAGUCCGCCGAUGUUGGAAGCCCACCUUUCAAGUUUGGCAAUAUUGAGUCUGUUUUCCCUGAAACCCCAAAAGGCGGCUCGUGGGAACUGGCCUACAGCUUUCGCUAUGUUGUUCGGAAUCAACGCGAAAAACAGCUCGAAUCGUAUCCUGAUUAUGAUCCCUGGUCAAUCAGGCAAACAGCUGUCUACCAACAGUACCAGCGCAGUAAUGACAAAAUGAUCUUCGUUCUAAUAGCUCCUUCAGACCCUGCGAGACAGAGUUUAGAAGCAGCCAUUGGUCAGGCGAAAGACAGCGGGAAGGAAUUGAAUGCCUUUGAGCUUCACGGAGGAUUGAUUUCGACCUUGCAAGAUAAUUGGAGGCUAUACAUAAGAGGACUUGAGCAAGUAUUGAAAGAUCAGUCAGACCGUGUGACGUUGGCCCAAGUUCAAAGCGCGGAAGAACCGCUCUCUCCACUUCCAGACCUGGUUCUCAACUUUCUUGACAGACAACGAAUAAAAAGGGUAGAGGAUAAGAUUCUGGACCUUGAAGUCAUCUUCGGCUCACUUCUUGAUACUCUUUCCAAACUUCAACGACAAUCUCGUCGCUUUUGCCUUUGCCAAGGUCAUAAAAACUGCACAUGCUCUCUCAUAAUCGAGGAGCUUGAGGAGCAGAUGAAAGAAGUUCAAUUGAACACAAAAAGAGCAGGGAUUUUGCACAAGCGAGUGCAAGGUGUUGCUCAGAUUCUUUCCGACCUACUCGAAUAUGAGAAUGCAAAAUCUCUCAGUGGCCUCAUGCAGGAAACAAGAAAUGAACAUGGCAAAGUACGAAUAUUGACAGAGAAAAGCACACAUGAUGCUGCAGCAGUUAAGAUCCUCACAAUAAUUACGCUCAUAUAUUUGCCUAUCACCGUUGUUUCUGGCUUCUUCUCCACUCAACUUGUACAUGUUGAUGAUAAUGGUACCAUUUCAAUCGCUAAAGAUGCCUGGUGGAUUGCCGUGGUUACUGUUCCUCUCACUGCUGCUACGCUUCUCGCGUGGCAGUUGUGGUUGUACUCAUCGAACAAGCGAGACAGCAAACAGAAAGGUGGACCGAUCUUUGAGAAAGCCUUCAGUCACAACUCCCUAUGGUCCAGGGUUAAGAUGCGUGAAAGGCUGAGAUGGUUUUGGGGGCAGUUUUCAGGGGCUCGAAAUCGCCAGCGAAGACGAACGGAGGUAUAGUGAUUGGCAUGCUAAGAAGAUCAUGCUCCAUCUCGGAAGAACGAGUAUUAGAUUUGAGGGUUUGGAUAGCUUUAGACAUAUUUUUGGACAUGUACUGUAUCAGAAGCUUUUCAUUCAUCCCAAGGUAGGAUAGCAGAUCAAAGGCAACCGAGUCAUAAGCCAGUGAACAGGGUUGUAUAUUGGGUCUUUGAACCAGACGCAGUGCCGGGCAGAUGUGAUAGGCAACA